CGCAGCGCCGCUUCAAGUCGAACACACCUAUUUUAACACCGUUUCUACAUCGCAACAAGUUGUCGCGCCGCAACAGCUAAAGUCUGUCUACACUGGACGCGACAAAGCCACCGUUGAAAAUCAUUUGAAAUUUGUGUCAAUAAGUCAUGAAUAGAACGCGGCAGCAGUUUUCUGUUGGGGAAUCGAGGAAUGCCCAACAUUUUUGACGCUCUCGGCCACUCUCAACGCUUUCUCCGCGCCGCUUUCAAUCCCACAAUACACAGCUCACAGCUGCGCGUCCAGAGUCACAGCUGCGCGUCCAGAGUCACAGCUGCGCGUCCAGAGUCACAGCAGCGCGUCACAGCUGCUCGUCCAGAGUCACGUCACGUCCGGGCUGACACACUCAGAUCAUCAAGGUCCCAGGCUCUGCUGUGGGUUCCUGAUCCGUCGUGGUGGGCUCCUGCUCUAUCUACUCCACCGUGGUGGUCUUCUGCUCCACCUGUUCCAUCUGCUCCGCUGUGGUGGUCCACUAUCUGGCUCUGGUGGUCUUCUGCGCUGCCUUGGGGGGCUCCUGCUCUAUCUGUGCUGCCGUUGUGGUCUGCUGUCUGGCUCUGGUGGUCUUCUACACCGCCGUGGAGAUCUUCUGUCCCGUCUUCUCUGCCCUGGUGGGCUCCUGUCCCGUCAGCUCCGCCCUGGUGGGCACCAGGUCUGUCGGCUCCGCCCAGGUUUCCUGCUGUGCCGGCUCUACCUCGAUCCCAGACCAUUCCACUUCCACAUGGACCUGGCCCUCCAUCCCUCCCCCUGUUCCGCCUCCGCUCCACCUCCCUCCUGGAUUAUAGAUUGUGUGGAGAGUCUGGAAGCCGCUCUUUGGGGGUGGGCUCUGUCACGAAUCCAGUCUGCACUUCCAUUCACCCUCCACCAGAGGUCACUCGCUCACCACAUGGACUUCACACCAUACAUAACACUGGACUUCAUUUCCCAUCAUCCAACAUUGAUCACAGCUGUCACCAAUCACUCAUUGCACUAAUCACACACACACCUGAUCCCACACACACACUGAUCACACACCUUAUAUAAACCCUGGACUUUGUUUCCCUCGUUGCCGAGUAUUGUAUGCGUUUACCGCUCCCCUAGCCGUAGCUACUCUACAGAGCCCUUGUCAGUAUCAUAGUCUUGGAUUACCUGUUCACCUGUGUUUGUUUCUAACCCGUGUUUCCUGGAUUAACCCUUUCUGUGCCAUUCCGUGUUUCUUUUCAGUUCCUGUAUUGUUCUGCGUUUUUCACUCCCCUAGUGUUAGCUGCGAUACGGAACUUUUGUUGUUUUCUAGUCUGUUUACCCCUGUCUCCCUGUUCGGACUCUGAUUAUUUCCCUUGCCUGGAUUACAGCUCGUGUACCUGGAUUAUCUCUCUGCCUUGCCCCAUUGGAUACUGUUCGCCGAUCGUCGACCCACGCUUGCCCUAGGUUUACUCUGUCUUGUCCCUGCCCUACCUGUUUGCCAUUGUUUCGA